AUUAUAAACAUUUGACAGUAUGCGACAUUUUAAUAGUAGUAGUAGUGCUUCAUUUGUAAAUAUUAAAAAAAUCGCGAAAAUGUCAGCUGAACGCCGACGACGUGUUUCCAACAGUGGUGGGAGAACCCAGAAAUGUUUCCACACGCCUUGCGGACUGCUAGUCAGUAUUCACUUUCUAAUCGCGCCGAUCGCACUCGAUAAGAUACAAUAAAUCUGAUCGGUUCACUAUAGUCCGAAACUCCGAACCGCGAUGUCUUACGAAGACUUGUUGUCCCAACUCAAGUGUCACGGUCAAGAACACCUGAUUAAAUACUGGCCAGAAAUAAGUGAAAAUGAGCGCGAACAAUUGGCGGGAGAGCUCAGAAAAAUCGACUUUGUGGAAAUGAAUGAUAUUUUCCAUAGAGCUAUGGAGUCGUCGAAAGUUAUUGCGGAGAAACUUGACGACGAUUUAAAGCCUAUUCCUCAGUCCCAUUACGAAGCCGUGCCGAGUUUGAGCAGGGAAAAAAUAGAGGAGUAUGAAAAUAUAGGGUUUAGAGAGAUUUCCGAGGGAAAAGUUGGUGUUUUGCUUCUGGCUGGCGGGCAGGCGACGCGACUAGGUUUUGGACACCCCAAAGGAAUGUACAAUGUCGGUUUACCGUCACAAAAAACCCUGUUCCAAAUUCAAGCUGAACGGAUAGUUCGGUUGCAGAAAAUGGCCGAGGAAAGGACUGGAAAAGAAGGUCCAAUCACUUGGUAUAUCAUGACUUCGGAACAUACUAUGGCUCCCACAGCCGAGUUCUUUAAGGAUCACUCAUUCUUCGGCUUGGAGGAGGAAAACAUUGUGUUCUUUGAACAAGGAAGACUACCGUGCUUUGAUUUCAAUGGUAAAAUACUGUUGGACGAGAAAUACCAGUUAGCGUCAGCCCCUGAUGGAAAUGGGGGUCUGUACCGUGCCUUAAAAACCCAAGGAAUGCUGGAUGACAUUACCCGACGAGGUGUCGAACAUCUACAUGCACAUUCAGUCGAUAACAUCCUCAUUAAAGUAGCCGAUCCAGUAUUCAUUGGUUACUGCUUGAGCAGAAACGCGGACUGUGCUGCUAAAGUUGUCCAAAAAUCUUCACCGAGUGAAGCCGUUGGAGUUGUGUGCAGAGUCAAUGGACAUUACAAAGUGGUGGAAUACUCGGAGCUCAGUGACGAAGCUGCUGAAAGGAGGAAUCCUGAUGGAAGACUUACAUUCUCUGCCGGUAACAUCUGUAAUCACUACUUCUCGUCUGAUUUCUUAAAGAAAAUAUCAAACUUUGAAAGCAAGCUAAAGCUGCAUGUUGCUAAAAAGAAGAUCCCAUACGUAGAUGAGAAUGGUGUCCGUCAGAAGCCAACAGAACCUAAUGGUAUUAAAAUGGAGAAAUUCAUUUUUGAUGUGUUCGAAUUUGCUGAGAAAUUCAUUUGCUUAGAAGUAGCGAGAGACGUUGAGUUCUCCGCUUUAAAGAAUGCCGAUUCAGCCGGUAAAGAUUGCCCGUCAACCGCUAGGCAGGAUCUUUUAAGGUUACACAGAAAAUACAUCAGGGAAGCUGGUGGCAUUAUCAAAGAUGAUGUAGACGUGGAGAUAUCACCGCUGCUCUCUUACGGAGGAGAGAAUAUUGAGGACCUGGUGAAGAAUGAGGUGUUUACCAUCAGCCCGUUCCACUUGAAGAGUAUGGAAGAGUCGGCAACCAAUGGAGUCAACGGAGCCAAUGGUAAACAUUAAUUUUCAAUUAUUUUCUGUCCAAGCUCAAAGACAUUUUCGUGGAAUUUCCAAAAACUGCUAUUCUAAAAAAAUUGAAAAAAAAUCUUGAAUAGGUACCUAUUGAUAACAUAAAACCGAAUAUUUGGGGCAUUAUCUAUGAAAAGGGACCUUAUUGUCGAUGGCACUUACGCCGCACAGCGUCGCGCGGCAUUGUAUUUAUAUCGGAGCAUCGUUAAUAAUGGCGUAAGCGCCAUCAAGUAUAAGGUCCCUUUUCAUAGAUAACGUCACAUUUUAUUAAACAAGAUACUCCUAGCUGAUUGCUGGCACAAGAUAUCAUUUUUAUUAUCAACAACAAAUUAUUUUUGUAUCAUUAAUGAGGAGUAUAAACGAAACAUAAUUAAAUAGUCAUUUAAUUAACUAUUAAAACUGCAUUAAUUAAUGUAGGUACUUUACAUACUUUGUUUAGUUAUGGGCUUUAGUGCAAAAA